AGGUAGCUGAAGAAAAUGCUGUGGAGGGAAACCAGGAGGCCAAGAAAGCCAGUUGUGGCAUCCUGGCUUCUGUCAGCAGUAGUGCAGGCAGCAGCAGCAGGAGAUGGCAUGAAUGUCCUGUUCAUAGUUGUGGAUGACCUGCGUCCUGUUUUGGGUUGUUAUGGAGAUAACCUUGUGAAAUCUCCAAACAUUGAUCAACUUGCUUCUCAUAGUAUUGUGUUCAGCAAUGCAUAUGCACAGCAAGCUGUGUGUGCACCAAGUAGAGUGUCAUUCCUUACUGGACGCAGACCUGAUACUACCCGGCUGUAUGACUUCUACUCCUACUGGAGAGUGCAUUCAGGAAACUAUUCCACAAUGCCCCAGUAUUUCAAACAGAAUGGCUACAUGACCAUGUCUGUGGGGAAAGUUUUUCAUCCUGGAGUUUCAUCCAAUUACAGCGAUGAUUAUCCAUACAGCUGGUCCAUUCCACCCUUUCAUCCUUCCACUGAAAAAUAUGAAAAUGAUAAGACCUGCAGGGGAAAAGAUGGAAGACUUUAUGCUAACUUGGUGUGCCCAGUAGAUGUGGCAGAAAUGCCUGGUGGUACUCUGCCUGAUAUUCAAACCACUGAAGAGGCCAUACGCUUACUGAAUGUUAUGAAAACCAAGAAGCAAAAAUUCUUCCUGGCUGUUGGUUACCAUAAGCCACAUAUCCCUUUGAGAUACCCACAGGAAUUUCUGAAGCUGUACCCCCUAGAAAACAUCACGUUAGCCCCAGAUCCCUGGGUGCCUGAGAAACUGCCUCCUGUGGCGUACAACCCCUGGAUGGAUAUCAGACAGAGGGAUGAUGUGAAAGCAUUAAAUGUUACUUUCCCGUAUGGACCACUUCCAGAUGACUUCCAGAGGCUGAUUCGUCAGAGCUACUAUGCAGCAGUUUCUUACCUGGAUAUGCAGGUCGGCCUGCUCUUGAAUGCUUUAGAUGAUGUAGGACUCUCAAAUAGCACAAUAGUAGUUUUUACUGCUGAUCAUGGAUGGUCCCUGGGAGAGCAUGGUGAAUGGGCAAAAUACAGCAAUUUUGAUGUUGCUACCCAAGUGCCGCUGAUGUUUUAUGUACCAGGAAUGACGACUUCCUCUGCUAGUCAAGGAGAGAGAGUCUUCCCCUACCUUGAUCCCUUCAGCCAUAUUUUAGGCUUGGUACCUCCAGGGCGAAGCAAAAAAAUGGUAGAGCUUGUCUCUCUCUUUUCAACGCUGUCUGAACUUGCUGGCCUGCAGGUUCCUCCUGCAUGUCCAGAGACUUCAUUUCGUGUCGCACUGUGCACUGAGGGGGCAAGCAUUGUCCGGUAUUUUAAGUCCUCUGAACAGAAAGUACAGAAGAAGGAGGAUGGUUGUAGUGACACUAAGAAGUGUUACAGUGAAGAACCUGUUGCUUUCAGCCAAUAUCCCCGGCCUGCAGACACUCCACAGUGGGACUCUGACAAGCCGAAGCUAAAAGACAUCAGAGUCAUGGGCUAUUCCAUGCGUACUGUUGACUACAGAUACACUGUAUGGGUUCGGUUCAAUCCUGAGAACUUUAGUGCUGACUUUGAGGAUGUCCAUGGAGGAGAGUUGUAUAUGAUGGCGACUGAUCCAAACCAGGAUAAUAACAUCUAUAACAAUACCUUGCAUGGUCAUCUUUUCAAAAAAAUUGUUGACUUCCUGAAGCAUUAGGCAUCAGGAACUUGUGUGGAGCACUUGCUUUUUUUGCUAUGACACCUUUCUGUUGUGCAGAAAGCACAUGGACUGAAUUAAAAUCCUGUUUGUAAAAAAACCACCAGCUAAUGCUUUUCUCAUGUUACAACUCUUACUAAACUAUACAAGUCAGUGAAAUUACUUCUGCA